UAUAUAUCCCAAAUUUCAAAUUCUUCUCUCGGCCUUUCAUAGCAUCUCGCUCGGCAAUGGCGCUUUCCUCUGCAUUCCGCGAACGGCUUGAGCUCAUGGAACACAGCAGAAACCAACGUAUCUCUCUGCUUCAGGCCGAGAAAGAAUGGCAAGCGAACAAGUCUCAGGUCUUGGAGUGGAAGCACGCAAACAUCAGGGCCAUGGAACAAAGGUGCUUGGUGUUUGAUCAAAAGAUAGCGGCAGAUAACUUCAAGAUCUCGGCACUCAAGUCCGAGAUCGAGAGUCUCGAUGCCAAAUACUGUACCGACUCGCAACAAUUGAGGAUUUUGAGGAGGGAGGUAGAGGAGCUUGGGGAGUUGGAGAAGGAGAGGGAUAAGUUUUACGAAUUGAAGAUUUGCGAGAUGAAGGAAUUCAGUGAAAGUGUGAAGAAGUUCCUCGUGGAAUGUCGAAUGUGUAUUGAGGAAUUGAGGAAUUGCAAAAAAGAGCAGCAGUCAACUAUCACCAAUCUCCAAGGAAACAAUAAAUACUUUAGCAAUUCAGAGAUAGCUGCAGCUGAAAUGAGGAAGUCUGAGCUCAUGGCUGUGAAAGAGAGUUUGGAUAAAAGCAUGGCUUCUAGUUACCGAUUGAGAGCACAGUUGCAAAAGCAGCUCCAGAAUAUGUAGUUGUCCUAACUGCACCAAAUCAAGAGAGAAGGAAGGAAAGCGUCUCAGUUGCUGGGAACAAUGGGGUCAAAUAGCUAGUUUUCCGAAAUGAUGCGUGAGUAUCAGAAUUAAACUACUUUUCUUUCAAUUACUCCUUUGGUAUGUGCAGUCUUCCCGUCUCGCUUAUACUGAACAAUUAUUAGGUUACACUGGAUCAAAGGGGGAUUAGCCUUGAAACAUUUGACUUGGACAUUUGUUGCUAUCAUUGAUGGUGUCUUGAAUUUUCUCAGGCGGAAAUUUGCCCUGUUCUGAGAAUUUAUGACUUCGUAUCAUCUCCCAUGAUAAUUGAUUGAAUCUUAUCACACUUUGCUGAUAUUUUAGUACGAGUAAGGUGCAAGUCCAAAAAAAUGACAAUUUUUUUUUAAAAAAAAAAUAGGCAGCCCAUUAGUUUAAUCACUGGAGCUGAACAAUUACUUGGUAAUUUGGAAACAGGUCCGCUUUGGACUGGUCGGGCUGUCUUUAUGGCCUUAACAACCUUUAGUUAAAAUUAAGACACAUAAGCAAGUCUACCAAACCAGCAUGAAGCUUAUUACACCAGAUUGAUUGGAGCCCUAUUCACACCCGAAAUACAUAUUGUUCAAGCCGUUGCACGAGUGCACUUCAGCAGCCUUAUCAUCGUCAUC